AUGUGCUGGUACGAAGAAUACAACGAGCCAUCAACCUCCAUCCGUGUCAUUCAGCGCCGUCGCGUCUACCGCGAACUCCCAUCUUCCACAUAUUCAUACUUAUACUCUUCACCAUCCUACCGUAUUUUGACCCGCUCGCCAUCGCCAUCGCCUCGCUAUUCGGGCUCAUCAUACACAACGAUCACUCGUACACAGCGCCAUACUCGUUCGUACGAUGCGAUCCCAGAGCGUCAUGAGGCUCAACCAACUUCUUACAUUGAAUAUCGGCGGCGUGGGGCAGAUGGCCGAUAUAUGAAUGUGCGGGUCAUUGAGCGGUCGCCAUGA